AUGCACAUAUGUAGGUCUGACUGUUCCAUGUUCAUAGGGUGUUACCAUAAUUCAGAUUCAUGCACAAGACGUCCCUGUGCAAACCAGUUUCUUGUUAACUAUGCCUACCACUUUUUCUCCAUCAACUAUGUAACUCAACAAGCUGCGACCUAUGAUGGACCAAGAGACAUUUUUUUUUUCAUUGUUUCAGAAAUAUCAGAGAAGUCGGCAAACGCAGUGAUGGGAACGAAGGCAGUUCUACUGAGAAGCAGAGAUAUCACAGUAGAGCAGGGCCUGGAGCAUGUAGCGACUUGGAACUCUGGAAUGCUGAGAUCUAAUGACCUGAUGGAGGCCAUCAAAGCUUUCAUGGAGAAGCGGAAGCCUGUUUUCUCUAAGCUCUGA